AUGUCUUGCCAUCCAAGUUCGAAAUGCAAAAUUUGUGGACUGCAGGCGCAUGGAAUUCAUUUCGGCGUGCUGAGUUGUCGAGCUUGUGCCGCAUUUUUCAGACGAUUCGUAGUGCUCAAUCUCAGUUAUCAGUGUCUCGGAAACUCGCGAAAAUGUGGUCUCGAAGGUUUUGGCAGAAGUUCAUGUCGUCAAUGCAGAUUUCAAAAAUGUCUUGACGAAGGGAUGACGUCGGAUAAUGUUCAACUUUAUCGAGACAGCCAUAUGCUGUUGGACAAAAAGAAAAUAUCAAGAAAUUAUAUGAAAUCGGUGGAAGAUGAUUCGAAUAUUCGAAAAACUGAAAGACAGGGGUUUGAUAUCGUGGAUUCGCUUCAUGAUCUACAUUCUCGAUUACAUCUCAAAGAUCAAAUCACAUUCAUUUUUGAAAGCGAAAUCCCUGGAAUCGAUUUCGACGAGCUCACAAAAAUGAACACGCUUCAAAAAGUGGAAUAUGGUUUGAAUAAGGUUCGACAGCAUGAAAGCAUCGAAAAUAUCAAGUUUGAAAGGAAAUUAACUCCGACGAUGCUCGAAACACUUUGUGCCAGACAAGCUGUGAAAAUCGCCAAAUGGGCAAUGUAUUGUGACAUUUUUCGGAAUUUAACGUUAGAAGAAAAGAUCGAAACAUUUCGAAAAACUUGGAUAAGAUCCCAUCGAUUAGAAAGAAUCCAAAUGUCUUGUUCGACAUUUCAAAAGAAAUGCAUUGAUGAGAAGAUAAUUAUCAUAUCGGCGAAUAGGGCAAUUCGAAUAGACGACUUCAAAUUUGACGUGGAUUCACUGGAAUCAACCGACAAUAAAUUACUAACCAUGGACUUCCAGAUGUACGCGACUCAAGUCAUUCAGGAAAUCGCCAAGCCGUUUCUUGAGCUGAAUCCAUCAUCGAUUGAGUUCGCAUAUAUGUCAUGUCAGACCUUAUUUCACACGGAUUACAAUUUAAGCAAAACGACGAUUAAUAAGUUUGAUACAUUUCUGGAUACUAUUGCCAACGAUCUCCAUGAAUAUUACGUUGAAACACGCCAAAGCAACUACGCUUCAAGAAUCUCGAAGAUGCUCAGCAUCAUCUCCACCAUGAAAACAUUACGGAUAUCGGAAAUGAGAGCAAACUAA